UUCUGGGGGUUACCUAAGAGAUGGUGUGAUUGACAACGAGGUGGGGCGGGAGGCGGAGCCCGGACUGCCUCGAUCCAAUCGAACUUGAGGCCGGUCUCGGGACCAGUAGCACCGACCAAUCGGAGGGCGUAACGAAGUGCGACGUGCCCACCCACCACGCCUGGCGUUGCCUGGAGGCGCUGCGGACGUAAGCAAAUGAGAAAGAAGCUGGGUGUUGAAAGAGCAGCGCUGAUUAGCGAAUAUGGAAUCGCCUGGAUGAAAGCCCACUUGUGAUUCGUCGUAAGUAAACCGAAGCCUCUGUGGGCUGGAACGGGCCGGACGGUGAGAUAUGGCUGGCACCGUGCUCGGGGUGGGGGCCGGCGUGUUCAUCUUAGCCCUGCUCUGGGUGUUGGUGCUGCUGCUGUGUGCGCUGCUAUCCAGAGCCUCCGGGCUAGCCAGGUUCUCUGUCGUUUUUGUGUUCCUCGGUGCUCUGAUCAUCACAUCAGUUCUGCUGCUCUUCCCUCGAGCCAGUGAAGUCCCAGCCCCAGAGGUUGAAAUGAAGAUUGUGGAUUCCUUUUUCAUUGGCCGCUAUGUCCUACUGGCUUUCCUCACUGCUGUCUUCCUUGGAAGCCUCUUUUUGGUUCUCAUUCAUCAUAUCCUAGAGCCAAUCUAUGCCAAACCACUGCGGUCCUACUGA